UGUUUUGUGCCGUUUCAUGUUGGUUUUGUUCGCUUUUCGCUGGCGUGUUUUUAUUUAUUGUUUUUGAGUGUCAGUGGUUCCUCGUUCCUCGUUCUCUCUCGCUCUCCAUUCGACUCACUCUCAGUCUCCAUCCCACUCUCCGCUCUCGCUCUGGCUCCGAGCCCGUCGCCCACGCCGCACGCACGUUGUGUGUGGUGUGUUUGUGGUGUUCGCCUCGGUUUCACUUUCAUUUGUCUCCGUUGGCCAGCGCUCGCCGCUCGCCCGAUCGUCAAGUGCAAAGAAGUCAAAUAUUAGCCGUUCACCCACCCGUGUACCCCCACCCUCUCGUGUUUGUAUCUACCUACCCAGAGGCUAGUCCAGGCGCAGAUACAGACGCGGAUUUAGAUCGCUGGCAGUUGGUUUCAUCCGCAACACCAGUCUCAGCCACACCAGGAGCAACAGCUCACCUCCAGCAUCUGCAGAAGCAGCAGCAGCAACAGCAGCAACCAAAACAGCAGAAAACAAGCUCAGAUCAAGUACUUUCAGCCAGCAGUAGCCGGACUACUAUCAACAACAACAACCCCGACACCAGCAACAACAACUACAGCGGGAACGAAAAGGAAAAGGACGACGACCACGACCACGGCGAAGAAGACGGCGAGGACCAAGUAGGAACAUUGCCAUUGCCUUUGCCAGCUAUCAACCGGCUCCUCCCCCGUCCAAUCCGCUCCUCCUCCUCCUACCCGGACCUCUGCACCUGCUGCAACUGCGCCUACAACAGCUCCUCCUCCUCCGCAUCCUCCUCCUCGUCCUCGUCCACAUCCUCUGCAUCCGCCGUCGCCGUUGCCGUUGCCAAGCAGCUAGCCCGCUCCGUGACCGCCACCAGCAUCAUGGACAUGCCAUACAACACCUCGCCGUCGCUACGCGUGCGCACCACCUCGCUGAACCAGCUGAAGAAGACCGCCGACCUGGCCAUCGAAAACGAGCUGCACGUGUGCCCCUCGGUUAUGUCCGAGGAACUGCGCAAGCUCCUGCCACCUACCUCGGAGACGGUGAUGACUAAGCCGUUCCCCGUGCGCGGCGAGCGCACCAUAGCCGACUGCACGACGCCGCACGUAAUCGCGAUGGUGGGACUGCCGGCGCGCGGCAAGACCUUCAUCUCGAAGAAGCUGGCUCGCUACCUAAACUGGAUCGGGAUAGCGACGCGCGUCUUCAACCUGGGAGAGUACCGACGACACGCCACAACAGCGUACAAGUCGCACGAGUUCUUCCGCGCGGACAACGAGGAGGCGAUGGCCAUCCGAAACAGGUGCGCCAACCAGGCGCUGCACGACUCCUGCGAGUGGCUGCUCAGUGGCCAGGGCAGCAUCGCCGUCUUCGACGCCACCAACUCGACCCGCGACCGGCGGCAGCUCAUCUACGACAUUGUGGUGAAGCAGCACGGCUUCCGGUUGUUCUUCGUCGAGUCCAUUUGUGACGAUCCGCAGAUCAUCGAGCAGAACAUCCUGGAGGUGAAGGUCAGUUCGCCGGACUACCUGAACAUGAACACGGAGCUGGUGGUGCGCGACUUCCUGCAGCGCAUCGAACACUACGAGGAGCGCUAUCAGCCCAUUGACGAGGUAACCGAGUCGCACCUCAGUUUCAUGAAGGUCUACAACGCCGGCAAGAAGGUGGUCGUCUACAACAACGAGGGGCACGUGGAGUCGCGAAUCGUCUACUACUUGAUGAACAUCCAUAUAACGCCGCGCACCAUUUACCUGACGCGCCACGGCGAGAGCGAGCACAACUUAAGUGGCCUGAUCGGCGGCGACUCGAACUUGAGCGCCCGCGGGCACCAGUACGCCCGCGCCCUCUCCACGUUCAUCUCCCAGCAGCACAUCGACGGUCUGCGCGUCUGGACCUCAUGGAUGAAGCGCGCCAUCCAGACGGUGGCCGACGUGAAGGCGCCGCAGGAGCGCUGGAAGGCCCUCAACGAGAUCGACGCCGGCCACUGCGAGGAGAUGACCUACGAGCAGAUCAAGGAGCGCUUUCCGGAGGAGUUUAAGGCGCGUGACGUGAACAAGUUUGCGUACCGCUACCCGCGCGGCGAGAGCUACGAGGACCUAGUGGCUCGCCUGGAGCCGGUCAUCAUGGAGCUGGAGAGGCAGGGCAACGUGCUGGUCGUUUCGCACCAGGCCGUGCUGCGCUGCCUGUUCGCCUACUUCUUGGACAAGUCCGCCGACGAGCUGCCCUACCUGUACGUGCCCCUGCACACGGUCAUCAAGCUGACGCCAGUGGCUUACGGCUGCAAGGUGGAGCACAUCAAGCUGCCCAUCGACGCCGUGGACACGCACCGCCCCAAGCCCAAGAUCCCCGGCGACGUGAGCGAGCCGGGCCUCGACGGACUCAGCGGCGAGCUGGUGGCGCCCGAUGGCGUCGGCAAGGUGCUCAUCGUGGGUGACGACGUGGCGACGGUCACGAACGGCAACGGCGGGCGGGUCGACGCCCAGGCGCACCAAUGACGGCGCCGCCUUCCCCCGACGUGCCCGCAUCCGCAUCCGCAUCCUCCUUCGCACCCACCUCCGAAAUCCAAGACACUUUAGGAACGGCAGCUGGAACUACCGGAUACAGAACACCACCUUCCCGAACACAGAUACCGAAACCUUCCCAUCGCACCCUUACCCUUGAACCCCUCUGACCCGAACUCGGACCUUGACGUGCACGUGGACGUGGAGAUGACUCUGUCUUUUAUGUUUCGGACUGCUUACGAAAUUGUGAUUGACCCACUGAGCUGUUUACAACGUACUUUAAUGAAAAGAAACACAAGAUUUGAUAACAUUUACAAAUUAUAAUCGAUAUAAAGAUAUGGACUCUGUAUACUUAACCCUACACACCUAUUUUAUGCUUAUUCUUGCGACGGCACGCUCUAGCUGCAUUCGAUGUGAUUGAAUUGCUCGCAGCUUUUACCCCAACGCGUAGACAUACGUAAACCCUAUAUAUAUAGAUAUAUACAUGAAUGUCGUGUACUGUACCACACCUUGGGCACCCUACCGAACAAUGCUGUCCUGUCCCCCUGUUUCGAUGUGUUUUUAGGCUAGUUUGGCGAACCUUGACCGUCAAACGAGAGGACUACUUGAUUCCAUUAGUCAACUAUGUGGCUAUAUGUAUGUGGCUCCCUUUGGGUCGUACUCGCGACGAAUAUUGUAAUGACACUAAUAAUAUCAACCUAAUCUUAUUCAAAACCAAUAAAUAAUUGUUUACCAACACCAA